AUGUCAAAUUCAUUUACUCUUCGGAACGAUGCCUUUCAAACUGAAACUGAUCCCGAAUAUUGUUAUGUUAUCGCUUUAAUGAAUGCAAAAUUAUCAAAUCCUUAUGAUAACCAAAUUUUUAUUAAUUUCUAUGAAGCUUCUCUUAAAUUAAUUCUAAGGAGAACCAAUAGAAGUCCCUCUCAACAUUUAUUAUGUACUUCUGAAUUGGAAGAUAUAGUUAUCGAAAUGAUGCCAUUAUUUUCUCUUGAUACUCCUGAUUAUCGUGUAGCCAGGUUUCGAUGUAUUUUUGAAAAUCAAUUAAAACAUUGCUUUAAUUGUGUGUUGACUUAUCAUAAAAAGAUACGCUUUUUCAUUCAGAGAUGGAAACAAAUUUAUGAUCCAUCAUCAGUUGAUCUAUAUAGUAAUCAUUUGGAAGAUGUUUAUGCAACAAGAAUUCGAAAUGGUUUAGUGGAACUUAAAGCGAAACUUCUUAGAGCGAACACUUUAGAUCCAUCACAAUUAUUAGGGAUCGUAAAUUUGCAAUUAAAUACUGAUAAUUCAACAGCUCUUUUUGAAAUUCUUGUUUAUCCAAAAGCUCUUCAACAUGGAACUGUUAACAAAUUAUUUGUUGAAAUAUUGUUAAUACUUCUUCAACGCGAGAAUUUACCCCGACCAACUAAUAGAUUUUUACCCGGCAUAUUCAUUGCAUCUUUACAUGAAAAUCUUGAAAUUCAAAAUUGGGCAUGGUCAACUUUACAAAAUAUAGAUUCUUCAUUAAAUUUUAAUGAAAUGAUGGAAGGAGAUUUUGAAUCAGUUAUUCAUAGUGUUCUAUCAUUUAUUGUGGAAUUUUUUCGACAAACCGGAGCAUUUUAUACUCAAUAUCCUUUCACUAAUAACCAUGCAUUAAUCUGGAAAGGAAUAGAGAUGAUGUUAUCUAAGAUGGAAGAAGAUGUUAUUGCUGAAUACUUUAUUACAAAACAACAAAGCAUCAUAAUUGCAUGUAAUAAUUAUCUAUCAAAACCUACCGAAUUAGGAUUCGUCGAGAUGAUUAAUUGUUUGAAUAUAAUUUUGGAUAAACUCAAAGAAAAAUUUUGGCGAUUGAUUUCCUCACAAAUUACUUACUUUGUUCAGCGAAUAUUUGAUGCAUUUUUUUUUAUAACUAAAGCUUCACCUAUAACACCAUUGUUUUGUCAAUCGUUGAUUUUAUCUUUAAAUACAUUACGAAAUUCAUAUCCAAAGAAACAGCCAACAUUAAUUGAACAAGGCGUAGGGGAUGUUAUACAUGAUGAAUUUAUAUGGUUAACAAUACUGAGAGAAAACGUUUCGACAGUUUGUGACAUUUAUUGUUUUAUUGGGAAAAUGGAUUAUGUGGACAGUCUCUCAAAAUUAGAUUAUCAAUUACGAUUUUCUGUAUGGAGAAAUAUUUUUAAAUAUGCAUCAGAAAAUAUUUUAGAUCAUUUAGAACUUAGAAGUCAUACAAUUGUGUCUUUCAUAGAAUGUUUUAACAAGAUUGCAAUUAUGGAUGACGCUUCUGAUUUAAAUAAUCGAGGAACAAAUCAGAACAGUAAUGUUGCUUUAUUAUCAGCCUUUAAUCUUUCGAUUUUAAAUAUUAAGUGUAUUACUCUCAGAUUUCUGGAGAAAAUUCAAAUGAUGAACACACAAAAAUUGAAGACUUUUUUACCUGUACAUAUCGCAUCAUUUUCAAUAAUUCAUUUUUUGGCUUCUCCGGAUUUAAAUAUUAGGGCAUCAGGGUUAUUAUUUUUAAAGAAAUUAUAUUUCAGUAAUUCUUAUUAUGAGAUGAUCAAAGAAAACACAGAAGCUACUAUUUUAGGUUUGAUAAGUGUUACAACUAGUUUUAUUCAAUGGACUGACGUAGGAUGCGAUACUCUUAAAUUGGCGAACAACAUAAAAACAUUAUUAUGUGAAUUCAUUCCACUCAUAUUCGGAGAAAAAUGUAUAUUUAAAGAUAAACCAUAUUUUCAAAAUUUCAAGAUUUUGACUAUGCAAUUUUGGGAUAUUCUAUGGGUAAAAUAUUAUAAAAUAUUUCAGUUAUGUAAAAAGUGGGAUCGUUUUGGCAUAAUAACAAGGAAUCAAGAGAUAAAAAUUUUACUUUCCGAAUAUUUGAAAAUAGCAACGAUUACAUUAAUGUCACAUGAAAAUUAUGCCUUAGAAUUUUCUGAUUCAUUAUAUGAUUUACAGAUGCGUUAUUUUUCAUUAUUGUGUGUUAUAUUAGAUUCUAAUGAUAAAGACUUAUUAAAUAUUGCUGCUCAAGAAUCUACCAAAGUUUUAGAAUUUCUGAGUACUCAUAAUAUUAUAAUUGAAACAAAAUUAUACGUAAAAUUGGAAAAUUUCUUAAUUAUAGAAGAAAAUAAUGAAUUAAAUGAAAAAGGAUUAAAAGAGUUUACACAAGCAUUGAAUAAACACACGCCAAAAUUUCCUGGAAUAAAAUCAUUUGAGUCAUUUGAAUUAAUUAAUGAGGAAUUAUUAGAUCCAGAUUGUGAUGUUUCAAGAUCUUUAGGAAAUUUAGAAGAAAUCAGUAACUUUAAAGAACAAAAAGAAAAUGAUAUUUCCAAAGGAUCCUCCAUUGAAAUACCAGUAGAUUAUGAACAAUUUGAAAAUAAUUCAUUGAAAACAGCUUUUCCAAAUUACACAGAGAUAGUACAAUCAUCAUCUUUAAAUCCAUCUAUGAAUCUGCCAGAUAAAGAAAUUAUGGAAGAUAAUCCUUCACCAAGUAUUUUCGAUAAAAUUUUAGAUUUUUCUAACAAGAAAAUUGCAGAAAAACAAACCUUUGAAUUAGAAAAUUCAGCACAAGUUGAAAAAAUUAAUAAUUCAAGUAAAGGUCGACAGAGAAAUAUUCCAAAAACUUUUCAAAUAUCAAACGAAAAAGCAAUUUCUAUAUCUACCAAAAGUUUACCUAAGAUUCAAGUGAAUACUUCACAAAAACUGAACACAAAUAUGUCAAGAAAUGAAAGAAAAUAUUCACCUAUAAUUAUAAAUUCCAUUGAAUUAGAUAAACAA